AUGAAAAUAAUCUUCGUAUUGCUCGUUGUGUUUGUGGCAGCAAACGCAUAUUCUUUAUCUCAUAAGACAGUUCUUGGUGACGAAGAUAUCGGUCCAAAUGUUAUUAUAAAUAGACAGAUGAGUAACCAAGUCGAAUGCAUUACUAGUGACGAUUGUGCAGACACUUGCAGAUUACUUUCCCCACGCGCUAAAGCAGCACUCUGCUAUUCCAGACAAUGUUGGUGCGGUAGCUUUGAUAUCUGA